AUGGCCGUCCUCGGCCUGUCGGCUGUCGCUUACACCGCGCCCCUCGAUGCCCCCCUCGAGGCCCGUGACGCCGGGGGCAUUCUUGCAGACUUGCAAGCCCAGGCUAUGGAGAACCUAAAGGCCGCCGAGGCCGACGGGACCAUCUCCAAGCGUGAGGGCUGCAACCUGUCCAACGCAUUCGUGCGUAAAGACUGGGCUGCUUUCUCCAUUAAGGAGCGCAAGGAAUACAUCAGCGCUGUGCAGUGCAUGUUGACCUCUCCCUCCAAGUCCGAUCCGUCUUUUGCCCCAGGCGCCCGCAACCGCUAUGAUGACUUCGUUGCCGUCCAUAUCAACCAGACCAGUUUCAUUCACGGCACCGGUAACUUUCUGACCUGGCACCGUUACUACACCUGGGCGUAUGAGAAUGCGCUGAAGACCGAGUGCGGGUACAAAGGAACCCAGCCUUACUGGAAUUGGUUUGCUGACACAGAUGACCCGCGCAAGUCUCCUGUCUACGAUGGCAGCGAGACCAGUUUGAGCGGCGAUGGUGCAUAUGUGCCUCAUAACGGAAGUGUUAGCCUUUCCCCCUUUGGCGAAAUAUUUAUGCCGUCCGGCCAUGGUGGUGGAUGUAUGCAUGCCGCAGGCCACUUCGUUGCCAAUGGCGAUGCAAGCGACCUCUACGCCUCCCCGACUGAUCCUACUUUCUUCCUCCAUCAUGCCAUGGUUGAUCAUCUUUACUGGCUUUGGCAGGCUCUCCACCUUCGGGACGCCUUCGAGAUCGCUGGUACCAUCACCAUCCUCAACUUGCCACCGAGUCGUAACGCCACCAAGGAGGACAUCAUUGAGAUGGGCGUUCUCACACAAAACCGCCCUAUCAAGGACUUUCUUGCUCAGACUGCCUUAGAUGAGACCAAGUCGCAAAUUGAAAGCGGUGAGGUUCAGAAACGUGGAAGUAUUUGCACAUGGCAUAAUGUUCGAGUCCGCCGGGAAUGGUUGGUUACCCUCUGUCGUAACCUAAUCCAAGGUUCCUUUCCGGGUCUGGGCGCGGGCUCGCUGAGUAGACAAGAGAAGCUCGAUUACAUCAAAGCAGCCAAAUGUCUUCAGUCCAAGCCGCCUCGUACCCCAUCUUCCGAGGCGUCAGGCGCGAAGACGAGGUUUGAUGAUUUUGUGGCAAACCACAUCAACCAAACUCUGACCAUCCACUACACCGGCAACUUCUUGUCUUGGCAUCGAUACUUCACCUGGCUAUACGAAGAAGCUCUCGGCAACGAGUGCGGCUAUAAGGGCACCCAGCCGUACUGGGACUGGGCCAAGACAGCCAUUACCGGUAUGGAAGAAUCGCCUAUCUUUGAUGGGAGUGAAACUUCCAUGUCCGGAAACGGUGAGCUCAUCCCUGGCGGUGAACCGAUUGUCCUUGGAGGUCAAAACGACCUUCCUCCAGUUGAGCUUCCUGUCGGCACCGGCGGAGGAUGCAUAACCUCAGGUCCCUUCAAGGAUAUGGUUGUCAACCUUGGUCCUGCUGCCCUCGAUCUGCCCGGUGGUAUUUCUGAGUCAAACCCCGAAGGACCCUUAUCUUACAAUCCUCGCUGUCUCAAGCGGGAUCUAACGACUGAUGUCAAUCGUGCCUAUGCAAACAUCACUGCGGUUCUGUCCAAUAUUCUCCAGCCCCAGAAUGUGUACGACUUUCAGAUGCAGAUGCAAGGUGUCCCAGGUAGUGGCAACAUUGAGCGGCUUCUGACUAGUUUCAUGCCAGGCAUCCACGGUGGCGGCCAUUAUGCUCUCGGAGGUGACCCCGGAAGAGACGUUUUUACUUCGCCAGGAGACCCGGUUUUCUAUCUUCAUCAUUCGAUGAUUGAUCGAGUGUGGUGGAUGUGGCAGAUGCUUUCGCCCCAUGAGAGACAAUACGGCGAGAUUGCCUUGAGCGGAACCCACACGUUUUUGAAUCAGCCGCCCAGUGCCAAUGCGACAAUGGACGAUUACUUGGAGUAUGGAUAUGUUGGCGGACAGCCCCUUAAGAUUCGGGACGCUAUGAGCACUGUUGCAGGCCCAUUCUGUUACGUGUAUCUUUGA